AUGAUGGUAUUUCCUGAGGUUGAAGAGUUGAUCAAAAAGGCCACGGGAUGCCAAAGGGUUGUGACCACUGUCGCUCUUAUGCGAGGUGAUCUGUACUCAGAGCCUGUGGUUUCUGGCGCUCAAGGCGACGCUCAACCGAGUGAAAGUGUAGAAUCAUCCGGCGACUCUGUCCCACAACAUCAAGAUGAUCCAAUAUCAAUAGCAACCUACGGGAAGAGUUGUCCACCUAUUAUCGGAAACCGACCGGGAGAUCGCAAGUCUCCUGCCCCAAAGUUCAUAUCGACUAUACAUCGCGCGGAACCCGGCAUCACAUUCGAAAGCAUCAUCAUGAUCUAG